AAACAUGACUGUCAAUUAAACAUUUAUAAUAUCAAACUGAUUUGAUGUUUCAUCAAACAUUUACUUUCCAAAAGAGAAUGCAUUAAAAAUGCAAAAAACAUAAUCUUGCAAACACAUUUAACAUUUGAAAAGUUAAGAAAAGGCAAAAUUUCUGCACAUUUCAGUCUUGUACUGCACAUGUCCCAAAAAAAUGAUAAUAACCCAAUUUACAAUCCAUGAAUUUUUGAGUGAAAUAUCUGGUAAGUUUCUAGAACACAGAAAGAGUCCCAGAUCCAAAUUAUGGUGUCAGUCUAUAAAACGUACAUUUUCUAACUCAGUAGAAGUGGCCACAUGUGGAAUUGUGCACCUGAUAUUUUAGGGGAAAUCGUAGUGUAGUUACAGGUUGCCAGGUUUUUUGACUUCCAGUGUAAUAAUUCCAGGCCCAACUGAGUGCUUUGUUCAGUUAUAAUGCGCUUCUACCAGGAUAAAAUGUUCAAAAUUGUCUGUGAAGCCCUGAGCUGUGAUUACCAGCUUGCCAUAACCCAUAAUGGUUAGAAGGACGUUGACAUGUUCUGACCAUCUUAGCGCAGCAAGAUUUCAAGUGGAGACACACACUUGCAGUCUUUGUGUUCUUGACUCCCUCCUGCUGAUCUCAGUUGUUAAGACUGUGCUUUCUUUAGUAGUGUAAGUUCAGAGAGGAGUAUGCGGCCGUGAUUGGCCUGUUUCCAGCUUAUCAUAAGUAAGCUGUAAUGUAAGUAAAUUAUGGCUUGUUAACUCAGUAUUAUUAUCAAUUGCUGUGCUGUGCCCCGCUCACCCCUAUUAUUAUCAUUAGCAUUAUUAUCCUUUUGUAACCCAUAUUACAUCAGUCACCAAUUUUUUCAAUUAAAAAAGUUUAAAGAAUGUUUUCUUGCAAUGCAUUAUGCCAUUUCUCUCAACAACUCAAUUUUGUUUUACAGCAGAUGUGCAUAGGUACAACAUCAUGUAUCAAGCGGUGCCCCUUGCCACACCCUGAGCUACACCUUUCAGUCCACACCACAUCAGGACAUGAACAUCUCCGAGUUUCCCACGCUUUCCCCAAAUUCCUCAUUGAGACAUACGAACAACAGCGAAGAGUCAGGCAAGCACAGGUCGAGUGCAUUGGCUGCAUGUGAUCAGAUGCACAUCGCACCUGAGGUCUUCCUCACACUGGGUCUCAUCAGCCUGUUUGAGAACAUCCUGGUCAUUCUCGCCAUUGUCAAGAACAAGAACCUCCACUCGCCCAUGUACUUUUUCGUUUGCAGCCUGGCUGUAGCUGACAUGUUGGUAAGCGUGUCAAACGCAUGGGAGACUUUAGUGAUACACCUGCUGGCUAAUAGGAGUUUGGUUAUUGAAGAUCACUUUAUCCGUCAGAUGGAUAAUGUGUUCGACUCGCUUAUCUGCAUCUCAGUGGUGGCAUCCAUGUGGGGCCUGUUAGCGAUCGCUGUGGAUCGCUAUGUGACCAUCUUCUACGCUCUACGCUACCAUAACAUAAUGACAGUACGGCGAGCGGGAAUUAUCAUCAGCACCAUCUGGACUUUUUCCACGGGUUGUGGAAUCAUCUUCAUCAUCUACUCCGACACAAAGCCUGUGGUGGUGUGUCUAGUAGCUAUGUUUUUUGCCAUGCUUCUCCUGAUGGCUUCCCUCUACAGCCACAUGUUUCUCCUGGCACGCUCGCACGUCAAACGCAUGGCGGCACUGCCGGGUUACAAUGCCAACAUCAGGCAGAGAGCUAGCAUGAAGGGUGCUGUCACCCUUACCAUACUGCUGGGCAUCUUCAUCGUGUGCUGGGCGCCAUUUUUUCUUCACCUCAUUCUCAUGAUCUCCUGCCCACAGAACGUUUACUGUGUCUGCUUUAUGUCUCAUUUUAACAUGUAUCUGAUACUCAUCAUGUGCAACUCAGUGAUCGACCCGCUGAUCUAUGCGUUUAGGAGCCAGGAGAUGAGAAAGACCUUUAAAGAGAUCAUUUUGUGUGACGGACUGCGCAGUUUCUGCAGCAUGUUCAGCAAAUAUUGAAUCAAGUUUCUUGAAAGAACCGGACGGUAUGGUGAUGGAUGAAUGUGUGUUUAGAUGGAUUGAUCUGUGCAUAUAUGCGGUUGCAGAUGAGGUGGGGUGGAUGGUUAAAGGACAAGU